CUGCUAUCCUAUCAUAGAGCUAUUAGAUACUUGAGGUCCCUAUCUACCUAUUCUAUGUACGCAGGUAAGGUAUGUAGGUAUUGCACAAUACAUAAAGUACUAGACCUAGGUAAGGAGUAGCAAACGAGAUGAAACUGUCUUAAACAUUCAUAAUGCCUAUACCCAACAGCACCUAAACUAUGUAAGCUAACGGCCCAAGUUCGUUCCGUCUUGGAACCGACUCCAACUUCAAUUCCAACUCCACCUCAUCCGGAGUUAUCCAGAGGACUUCCAUCUUCUUAAUUAUUUCUACUUCUACCCCCAUCUCGAAAGGAAGGAGGAAAUCUCCAAAAAAAAAAACAAAACAAAAAACCAAAUAGUUAUUAAAUUAAGGGAAAGAAAAUGUUCAAAGGCCCCUGUUCACAUACCUAGUAUUACACAGGCAUCGAUACCCCGCCUCUCAAUGCUGGCUGGACUUGGCUCGUGUGUUGGAUAAGAUCAUUACCUAUCUCGUACACCUGUGAUGCGCGUCAAGCCCCUGAAAGAGCGAUAAAGAAAGGCUUAAGCAACACCAGAGCAGCCCAACCUAACCUGCUUGCCUAUCCAGCUCCACUCACGAUCCUAACCUACCCUACCCAUCUCCACCCACGAUGGCUUCCAAGCCAGAAUCCUCCCCUCGGCAGCCUACCACCACCGCGGUGGACCCGCGCCCCCGGCAAGCCACGCAGCGCUACAUCGGCGCGACCGUCCUCCUCGCCGCCCUCUCCGGCCUCCUCGCCCUCGACGUCCUAUACCUGCGCCCGUCCGCCCUCUCCCCGGCUCGCAAAGCCCUCGGCCUGACCCUCGUUUUCUUCGGCCUCUACACCCAGACCAUCCUGCGACGAUCAUGGCAGUACUACACCACGAUGGCCCAACUCGGGUGCCUGCCCCCUCCCCGCUACCCCAACGACCCGCUCGGCAUCAAAUACCUGAAGGAGGUCGCGGGCUUGAUCAAGGGUAACGCCCUCCUGGCCGGCUGGACGCGGCUGCUGGGGACGGUGGGCCACACGUUCGAGCACCGGACGUUCCCCAGCCCGUCUCCGAUGCUGCUGACGGACGAGCCGGCGAACGUGCGCGCGGUGCUGACGACGCGCUUCGACGACUGGGACCUGCCGCAGCUGCGGAUCGACGCGCUCUCCCCCAUGCUCGGGCACCACAGCAUCUUCACCACCAACGGCGCGUCCUGGCGGCACGCGCGCGCCGUGCUGCGCCCCGCCUUCGUCCGGGACAUGGUCGCCGACCUGCGGUGCCUGGACCGGCACGUCGCCAAGCUCGUCGCCACCAUCCCGCGCGACGGCGCCCCCUUCGACAUGCAGCUGCUGCUCUCCAUGUUCACCAUCGACGCCAUCUCCGACUUCAUGUUCGGCCACACGACCGACAUCCUCGGCGUCGCCCCCGCCGACGGCCUGCGCUUCGGCACCUCCUUCGACCUGUGCACGCAGAGGCUCGCCGACCGGUCCAAGCUGGGGCGCCUGGCGUUUCUUGUUCGCGACAGGGAGCUCGACGAGGCCAUCGCGUACAUGAGCGCGUUUGUCGACAAGUACGUCGCCGAGGUGAAGCACGACUUGCAGCUACUACAGCAGCAACAACAACAACAACAACAAGAGAAAGGCGAGAAGGAGGAGGAGGCGAAAAAGACCAGCGCAGACUCGAAACGCUACAUGUUCCUGCACGAGCUCCUGCAAUCCGGCGAGCCCGACGCCGUGAUCCGGGACCACCUGAUCAGCAUCUUCCUCGCCGGCCGGGACACGACCGCCAGCGCCCUGUCCUACCUCUUCCACGAGCUCUCCGCGCGGCCCGACGUCGUGCUCGCCAUCCAGCGGGAGAUCGCCGGCCUGAACCUCGCCGACGAGGCGGAGCUGCCCUCGUGGGAGAGCCUGCGCAACAUGCAGUACCUCAACUGGUCCAUCCGCGAGGCGCUGCGCCUGAACCCGCCGGUGGCGAGCAACGCGCGCGAGGCCGUCCGCGACACGGUGCUGCCCGCGGGCGGCGGCCCCGAUGGGAAGGCGCCCGUUUUUGUGGCCAAGGGAACCACGCUUCGGUACCUGCCGUGGGCUCUGCAGCGACGAAAGGAUAUCUACGGCAGCGAUGCUGAAGAGUUCCGUCCCGAGAGAUGGGAAUCCCUUCGAACCACCUUCGAAUACGUCCCCUUCAACGCCGGCCCCCGCAUCUGCGUCGGCCAGCAAUUUGCCCUGACGCAGAUGGCCUUCGUCGUAUUUCGGCUGCUGCAGCACUUCAAGACCAUCGAGCGGAGGGAUGAGAGGCCGCCCGUCCUGAAAUUCGGCAUCAGCACGACGUUGCUAAAUGGGUGCUGGGUUAGCAUGACACCUGCGUGAGUGAGCGAGUGAGCUAUUUGGUUUGAGAUGUAAUGUAAUACCCUACUAUAUUACUUGAAGUAGGCGCCUAGGUAGGCAAAGGAUGAGCUGGGUAGAACUGCAUUAUUAUGAUUCUUGUUAUUGCUCACGAAGCUUCUCAUAAUAGCCUUAAAGUCAGUUAGUAAUUUGAAAUUUAAUUUGAACCCAA